AUGUCUGACGAUUUGAAAUUAUACACGUUUGAGGAGGUUUCUAAACACAACACCAUCAACGAUUUGUGGGUUGUAUACAACCAAAAGGUCUAUGACGUCUCCAAGUACGUCGAUGAGCAUCCUGGUGGUGAAGAGGUGGUGGUUGAUGUCGCUGGAACCGACGCUACGGAAGCGUUCGAUGAUAUUGGACAUUCGGAAGAUGCCCAUGAGAUCAUGGCUGGUUUGCUCGUUGGCCGUGUUGAAGGCGGUGUCAAGACAGACAAGAAGGUUCCCGUGAGUGGAACUUAUGAGGCUGGACUUCCUGUGACCACCAUCGCUGCUGUGGUUGUGUUGGUGGCUGCUGGCGCUUACUUCUACCUUAACCAAUAG